AUGAGAUCUUUCUUUUGUCUCUUGUUUCUCUGUCUAUUCCUUGUCCAGUGUCUUCCUUUGGUUGACCAAUCUUUGGCCGCUCUAAAUUGCAACGCCUAUAAUGAUCCUCGCACAUGCUCUGGUAAUGGUAUCUGUUCUAGCAGUAGUGGAAAUUGCAUUUGUUUAGAUCUAUCCUCUGGUAAUUAUAUUGACUCAUCCAUAAAUGGAACUAUCCAAGAAGGUGCUCGUCUCUAUAAUCCACAACAAAAUGAGUACAUGACACUCACAUUGAAUGGUCAACUCAAAUUGGUUAAUGCAGAUACAGGGGAUGAUGAUUAUUCGAGUGUUACUGUUGCAGGUUCAGGAUUUACUAUGGUAUUGGAUAAUGGAAAUGGUCAAUUGAAACUCUUUCAAGGUGGAAGUUUUGCCCAUGAAUUGAGUAGUGCAUGUCCUAUGGGAGGUAGUGGACCAUUUCGAUUGAUCAUUGGAGCUGAUAGAAAGAUGAUUAUUUAUGAUUCGAAUGGAAAUGUAUGUUGGAAUCCAGUGACGAAAUAUGCUCCAACUGGUCCAGCUAUGUAUGUUGGACUUUUUUGUGAAUAUCCAGUUUGUUUUUCAAAGACUAUUAAUGAUGGUGCAUGUAAUUCUAAUGGAAAAUGUGUUUCGUAUAAUAGGUGUGAGUGUUAUAAUGGUUAUAAUGGAAGUGAGUGUGAGAAUGCGACUCACAGUUGUAAUGGAAUUCUGUGGAAUGAUGUGAAUGUUUGUGCAGGAAAUGGAAAUUGUACCUCAACCAAUUAUUGCACAUGUAAGAGUGGAUUUUAUGGACCUAUUUGUAAUGUGUCAAGUUGUCAUGGAAUAAGACAAGAUGAUCCAAAUGUUUGUAGUGGAAAAGGCAAAUGUUUACCAGAUGGCACUUGUCUCUGUUAUGAUGUCAAUGACAAUGUAAAAGUUAAUGGACCCAAAUGUCAAAAUUUACUUUGUAAAGGAGUUUUCAAUGGAAAUGAAGUUUUUUAUGCCAGUAGUGAUGUCAGAGCUUGUUCAUCACAUGGAUACUGUUCUUUUAACACAACAGCGUUAACAGGAGGAUGUGCUUGUACGGAGGGAUAUUUUGGAGACAUAUGUGAUGGACAAUAUAUUCGAAUCUCUUUACCUUUGAAUGAUUAUCAUAUUGGUAGGGGAAAUAAUUUAGAAUUGAAAUUGGAUACUUAUGAUUUAAGUAAUAGAGCACUGAGUGCUUUAGAAUUGAAUGCAAUUUCCUUUGUUUGGAAAUGUUUGAAUUGUAAUCCACAAAUUACUCAACCACAGUUCAAUUGGUCGUAUUUCAGUAAUUUUACAAUAACAGAUGCAAGUUACACGUUUGCAGUGGAAGCAAAUAGCACCAUCUCUAAAAAGAUAAUUUCAAAUUCCAUCACUUUUAACGUAACCAUUCAUAGUUUACCAAUAAUUACCAAAUUUGGAUUUCCUUCCUAUUUCAUUAAGGACAAGAAUCAUAACUUGGAUAGUAUCAUUCAAGGAAUUCAAUAUAUUCAGAACGGUUCCAGUUUUUUUAAUUGUAUUGGAAAAUGCUCAAUUCCACUAACAUAUUCCAUCACAAUGACAACAUCCAUUUUAGAAUCAACAAGAAGUGGAAUUACAAAAGGAGAAUAUGAUGGAAUUAGUUCAGUCAAAUUCAAUCCAUUACUAUCAUUCUCUGUUGAAUCUUUGAGAACAGUUUCGGAUUUGACUCUUGAGGUUACACUUUCGUCUGGUUUACAAAUGACAACUGUUCGAGAAACAAUUCCAGUUUAUUCAAAGCCACAACUAUUGAGAAAUCAAUUCACAAUUGUUAGUGGAAACUCAACAGUUUAUGCUCUCAAGACUCUUGUAAAGUUUAGUUUUGACAUUAUUUUAUUGACUAAUCUGUCUCCUUUACAAUAUGCCUUAGGUUUCCAAUACAAGGACAUGAGCAAUGUGAGAAUUACUCGAUAUGUUACAGAAACAGCCUCGAUAGAUUCUGUUUAUCUUCCCUAUUUUACAAAUAACAUAACCAUGAUGCUGUUUCUUAAAGAUUCGCAAGGUUUCGAAUAUAUUGAAGCUCUUGCAGGAGACCUUUCAGUUUUACCAUUUCCUGACCCAAAGGCUUCUCUAUUAGAAAGAUUGAAAUCAGAUUCCAAACUUUCAACAGUCGUUCCAUAUGAUUCUCUGUCAGAUAAUUCUGUUUUAUUGGAAAUUGUAAAGUCAUUAGAAAUCCCACAACAAAAUCCAUCACAGGUAAUUGACACGUUGAAGAAGGUUUUGUUGAAUUCCAAAUCGGUAGAGGCUAGCUCUGUUAUUGCUCAAAAGCUUGAUUCAUACUUUUUGAAUCUAACAAGUAAUUAUAAGAAUCAGUUUGAUUCGUUUGGUUUCGUAAAAGAAAAGAUUGUUUCCAGCAGUGAUUUGAACAGUAUUCUCAUGGCAACUACAAGUAUUCUAGAUCAGGGUAAUACUAAUGUAUCGAGAAUUUACAAUCAUGUUUCAAAAUUGGCAAUUCUUAGUGAGCCACCACAGUUACUUUCGAAUACUAAUCCUCCCAUUUCUAAAAGGAUUUUUACUUCUGGCAGUGUAGAUAUCUACACUUCAAACUUUAUUAAGAAUGAGCAAACCGAAGGUGGAGAAAAAUCCAAUUUUAAAGAUGUACGAAUUGAUCUGGAUAAUGUUAUGAGUUCGUAUAAUGGUUAUUCGAAACAAUUUGGUAUGUCCCUUAUCAAAUAUUCGAAAAACAUCAAACCAGAUAAUUUCUCGCUAACAAACUCCCUCUCUUCAUUUACAGAAUUCUCUAUUUACAAAGAAGGAAACUUAUUAGAAAUCAAAGAUUUAACCAAACCUUUCAUCAUCACUCUCCCACUCAAUAACAACACUAUCCUAAACUCCUCCAUCGCCUGUAAAUACUGGAACGAAACUGGCCAAUCAUGGGAAUCCAACGGAUGUGAAUUCCUCUCUUCAAACUCUCUCAAUAUUCAAUGUCAAUGCAAUCACACAACUUUAUUCUCAGCAUUUGUGGAAUUUAACACAACUAAGGGAGAACCGAAAGAAUUGCAAGGAAUUUACAUUACCCAGAUUGUGUAUGGCAGUAUUUUCUUUAUAGUGUCAUGUGUGUUGAUGGUUCUGUUGAUUGUUUUUAGGAAUUAUCAACCUGUGAAGAGUAGAUUCGUGACACCUUUUAUUGGAAUGUCAGCAAUGAUUAUUCAGACAGCAUUGUUGUUGGUUACACAGAAGAGUGUUUUGCUUUCUGGACAGGUUCAAGUGAAUGGACCUCAGUCAAGUUCAGUUUCAUGGGAAUAUGGUGAUUUGGCAGCUAAUAUCUUAUCUAAUAUCAUUACAAUUAUUGUAAACUCUAUUACAAUCACUGCUUUCAUUUCGUAUUUGUAUCAAGUGACGAGAUUUGAGUUGUUGAAAUAUUUCUAUCACAAAUUGGCAAUAUUUUCCAAUUCUAAGGAGAAAAAGGAAGGAGAAAAAGUGCUCAAAGUAGUGAAGAGUUUCCUCUCGACUAGAAUAAUGUUACUCAGUUUAAUUAGUGGAUUUAUUGGAAACUUAAUGUUUUGGACGUUGUGGGUUAUUUUAGUGAGAACCAAUGUUCUUGUAGGGCGAGAUUACACCUAUGUGGUUUCCAUUUCAUUUACUUGUAUCAUUCUUUCCAUUUGUUUACUAAUUGUUGGAUUAAUUAUUUUGGAUUAUUCCAUUUCUUUCUUCCAGAAAAAGGACGAAAUCAUUUCAAAAAUUACAAACAUGGACACAAAGAAGAAAACAAAUUUCGUCCUCUUACCUGCCAAACAAGUGGUCAAUUGGUAUUCGAGAGUUGAUUCACCACUUUACUUUAGAGUGGAAAUGAUUUUCUUUGUUGUGUGUUUUAUUUUCCUUGUUUGUAAUCAAAUAAUUGGAUUAUCUGGAAUUUCAUCUCAAAAGAGAAUGAUUGUGAAUGAUUCUGUUUCAAUGGCAUUUGAAAUUUUAUAUUUGGCUAGUUAUUGUUUUGUAUUUGGUGGAUAUUCGUUAUUAGUGUUGUUAGUUUCCAAAUUAAGAAAAUCAAACGAGUCAAAAGAAGAAUUUUCUGAAUUGGUAACCUUUUUGGAUAGUGAAGAAGGCUGUUCAUUGAUGGAAUGGUUUUGUAAGAAGGAAUUUUCAUUGGAAAAUGUUCAAUUAUACACCUAUCUGAAACAAAACGAAUGUGCUUUGAAUGGAGGAAUCAAAGAGCUAAAGAGUUUCUUUACCACAUUAUUUGAAACCUACAUUAAAAGUGGAAGUGUGAAUGAGGUCAAUAUCCCAUCUAACUUGAGAAAGAAUUUGCUAUCAAUUCUCAAGGACUUAGAUUCGAAUUCAGUUGAACUUUCUAACAGCAAGGAAGUUUGUAUUUUGCAUGUGCAUGCUAUCCAAACAAAAUCCCAACCAACUUCCAUCACCAUCGAUAACAGAACUCGUAAAAUUGUAAAGAAAUUUACACAUGUAGUUUCUAAAAAAAGAGAAUUGAUCAUUUCUGAGAAGUUUUUGAUUCUAGCUGCCAAUAUUAAAAAGAUUGCUGAUUCUCUUCUUAGAAAAAGAACACCAGCAGCCAAACUAUUGAGACAACAACUCUUGGCCAUUGUAAAAGAUUUCCUCAGAAGAGCUAAACAUCCAGCUGCAGAUUUGUUGAAAGCUUCAUUGAAGGAUGUUCAAUAUUUAAAGAAGAAAUCAAAACAUUCAAAAGUGAAAACUUUGUGGGUUCAAAAAGUUGCAAUUGCUGGCUUGAUGGUUACAGGCGAAACCAUGAAUUUCUUGAAUGGAUUAGGAACAUACAGUACAGAAGUGUCCAAUGUUGCAAAUUUCAUAGCAGGUCCUAUUUCCAAGAUUCUCAACAAAUUGGGAAUGAAAAAGAUUGCAAGAGCUGCCAAUAAGGUUGGUUCUGCAAUUAGCAAGUUUACAAUGACUAAACUGGCUCCAAUUGAGAAUAAGGCAGCAAAGGCAGUAGCUCCAAUUGUCAAGAAUAAGGCAUUCCAAAUCGUUAGAAAGACAUUGAAUGUUGUCAAUGGAUUGUUGAGCUUUAGAGCUGGUUUCAAAUUAUUGGGAUUGGCACCAAAGAUUUUCUAUCCAAAGAAUUUCAAAUUGUUGAAGCAAUCUUUGAAAAAAGCCACUAAAUUAAUUAAGAAUCGUAAACAAUUAUUGGCUGCCAUCAAGAAGGGAGUCAAGAGUGGAUUCAAACUCAUCAAAUCAAAGCUUAAGCAUGCAGUCAAGAAUAAGAAAACAUGGAUCAAAAUCAAAGAUGCUGUGAAACAAUUCAGUAAUGGAAUUAAAUACUUCAAGAAGGCAAAGAAUCAAAGAAAAGAAAAGGUUUCAAGAAGAAAGAAAUCCAGCAAGAAGAAUAGAAACAACUCCAAAUCUUCUAAAAGAGGAAGAAGCGAACGAGUUUCAAUUCCAAUCAAAAAGUCAAGCAAAAAGUACUCAUUGGAUUCUCUCUUUAAAAAGUCCAAGAAUAGAAAGUGCAGAUACUUUGUCAAAAUCGAAUAA